AUGGCUGGCGGAUUCUCUAUUCAAACUACGAAAACUUCGAGAGAGCCUCCUCAGCAAUUACCAUCAGUGUCCACUUACACUAUCUUAUUAACUCUCCAGGCAUGUAUUGGUGGCUUAUUGUUCGGCUACGACACAGGAGUAGUUUCGAGCGCAAUGCUUUUUUUACCAUCAAAUAAGGGAAUGAACCAUCUUAGUACAUCAUGGCAAGAACUGAUUGUAAGUAUUACUCCAGGAAUGGCUGGAAUCGGAGCCUUGUUGGCAGGUCCAACAUCAGAUAGAUAUGGUAGAAGAAUGAUAAUUCUUCUUGCUUCUUCCAUAUUUUUUUUCGGAGCCUUGAUAUGUGCUGCCGCACCAGAACGGUAUACACUAUUGGCAGGCAGAAUACUCCUUGGAAUAGCGAUCGGUUUCGCUUCGAUGAUUAUACCAGUUUUCAUAAGUGAAGGCUCGCCUUCUCAUAUCCGUGGAACUUUAGUGACCGUUUACCAGUUUAUGAUAGCAUUUGGAUUUAUUGUUGCCAAUGCUUCUGCUGCUCUGUUCGCUCUUUAUAAGCCCUAUACAGUGGGAUGGCGAUUAAUGUUCGGUUUAGCAGCUGUACCCAGUGCUUUACAAUUUGUGGGAUUUCUUUUCUUACCAGAUACUCCGAGAUAUCUCGUUUCGAAGAAUAGAAAAGAAGAAGCACGUGAAGUUUUAGCCAAAGUUUACAAUGGUAAUGAAGAGUGGAUCAAUUAUGAAAUGUCGGAGAUGGAAAUAAUUAGACAAGAGGAAGAGGAGCAUUUGCAACAGACCGGAGAUUCUUCUGUUCUAACUCGGGUUCUGCAAACACCACAUGUUCGUAAAGCGCUCAUUCUGGGAUGCAGCAUGCAGAUGUUUCAGCAACUUCUGGGGAUUAACACUAUACUAUACUACACAGGAACGAUCAUCCAAUCGGCGGGUGUCAAGGAUAAAAUUACAACAAUAUGGAUAUCUUGCGCCAUUUCCGCGGUCCAAGCUGUAGGUACUAUAGCGCCCAUGAAGCUGAUUGAAAAGCUUGGUCGUCGACCAAUUCUUUUGACUUCUAUGGCAGGAGUAGUCAUAACCUUGUGCAUGAUGGGAGGAUCUUUCCUAUUAUUGAACAAGAUGCCUGUCAAGUUUUUGGUUGACGGUGCGGAAUUAAUUUGUGUGGAUGAUAGCAAAUUUGAGGAUAUUAAAGAAACAUUUAAGAACGAUGUUACCGUAGAUGACAAUACAAACUGGGAAUGUCAGAAUGAAAUGGAAGUGCCCGCCAGACCUUGA